AAUAAAUCGCACAUAUUUGUCCGUGUAUUUGAACCUUGAGGCAGAAUGUUGUAAAAAAUUGGGUUUUUAGGAAGACAUGCAUGCUCUAUGUAUGCUGAACGUAUAUAGGUGAAGAAUGCAUAACGGCAAAAGAGCCUUGAAAAUGAGAGAGAAAUGUUUCACGGGGAAAUUGUGAAAUUGCAUGAAAUUCAAUACGAGGGCUUUGUUUACAAUGUCCUUUCUUCACUGACAACUGAAGCACAACCAUAUCAAUGCACCGACAGUAACCACCAUGAAUGACACACAGCCCAGAUGACAUUACUUUAUGCUUCAUUCCUCUGCCUUAGGAUUCUUUGAAUUCUACGAGAUCAGUAAGAAGAUAUGAAGAAGUUCAAACGUGUGUUUGGAUCUAUAACAAACCUUGCCCAAGAUGACUCGUCCUCACGAGGAGCACCCCCUCCUGCCGCCCUCAGUACCUCCCGGAGGAGUGUUUCAGGCUCUUUGCACGGCUCCUCUGGCAGUCCCAACAGAGGCUCUUAUGUUAGCUACGAGAGCCAGUCUUUGGACUCAUACAACAGCAAUCUCUCAGCUGGACAGACAGAAGUCGAUCCCUACAGCAAACAGGACAAGAAUUUUACCAAGUUGCACAAGUGGGCUUAUCUGGGUGAUGUAACCAAGCUCAAAAAGUUCAUUAAAAAGAUUUCAGUAGAUGCACAGGACAGUGAGGGGAAAACGGCACUGCACCAUGCAGCAUCGCAAGGUCAUGGAGAUACCAUACUGUUCCUCUUGGGCAGCAAAGGCAACGUGGAGAUGCAGGACAGCUGUGGCAUGACUCCGUUCCUCCGAGCUGUAGAGAAAUGCCAUUUGCCAGUAGUCCAGAUGCUGUUGCAGAGACGAGUUGACACACAAAUUACAGACUUCCAAGGCAACACCCCUGCACAUCUGGCAGCCAGAACAGGUGCCACUGAACUGCUGACGCUCUUAUUAGACUGUGGGUGUGAGUACGACGACCAGAACUCCCUUGGUCGCAGUCCCUUACACAUAGCAUGCAGUGAGAAUCAGCUAGAGGCAGUUGAAGCUUUACUGAGACAUGGUGCAAGUGUGAAUGUUAUUGACAAGGAGGGGGUCACUCCUCUUAUGGUUGCUGCAAAGAUCGGCAGUGCCCCGGUGGUUGAGUCCCUUCUUGACAACGGUGCAGAUGUCAACCCUGUUGAUUCCAGUAAAUGGUCGGCUGCAGACUAUGCUCGCUUCACAAACCACAACCAGCUACACCAACGUUUGAAAAGCCUAAUGGACGAUGGAGGGAGCAGCAGCUUGAUUCCCCAAGGCUUGCUAAAUAUAAGUGAUGAGGUAAGCACUGAAGAAGAAGGAGCUGUGGGCCUAACAAGAGACAGAGACAUGGAUGAAGAUGGAGGUGAUUCUUGGAGUGAUAACAGCGAUGUUGCGUCCAUUAAAGAGAAGCCGAAAAUCAACUUGACUAAGUUCCUGCCUUCAUCUGAUGAUUCUGGAGAUAACAUUUUUUCAAGCACUCCAGAACCUGGGAGUAUUAUUGGACCUCCAAAGCCUCCUCGCCUUCAUGCUAGCGUCUCUAGUGUAGCUUCAGAACCAGCAAAUGAAAAUGAUGAAGACACUACGAGCAAUAAGGAGGAAGAACUAGGUGCAGACGACUCUUGGAAAUCAUCCUCUGAGGACGAUGAACCAAAGAGAGUUCUCGAGCACGUCAGCACAGGUGAGGAAGAGGGGGCUGUUGAUAAGAAAAAGGAAAGUAAGAAGGAAAAGGUUUCGGAGGCAGAUCAUUCUUGGAAAUCAUCAUCUGAAGAAGAUGAGCCAAAGAAAAAACUACUCUCAUUGUUUCACGGUGAAAGUAAUUCUCCAAAACUCAGGAGAGACGAGCUGCUUGAUAAUCGCGAACCUAAGCAGUCUGAGUCUCGGGCUGGAAAUUCCAAGUUGCUGGCUGACCUGGGACUAGACAACAUGGAAUUUCACUCAUCAGAAGAAGUGUCUUUUGAAGAUGAGGAUUCCAUGCUACCCAUCGAAGGCACCCCAACAAAAGUCACAGUCAGCCGGAGAAAUUCACAGGCCAUUGGUAGCAGUGUGAGAGGUGGUGAGUCCUUUGGUGGGUCUCCAGCCUCUGUAUCACCAAGAGGACAGUUUCCCAAGGUAUCUGAGGAUGAGGCAUCUUCUAAUGACUUCUCAAAUUCUGAUAAUCAAAAAGUCCCUCUGAGUAGUCGCUCUCCCACAAAGGCCAAAGAGGAGGGUGGGAAUGUCUCUCCUCAGAAGCCUUCUCCAAAGAAAUCACCCACAAAGAGGUCCCCAUUGAAAGCUAAAAUGAUACGCAAGAGCUCCAGCAUCUUUGACAGUGACACGGAUGAAGAAGUAGCAUCGCCACGUCGGCCUCCAAGGAGAAAGAGUCUAACUCCAACGAAAAAGAAGUUUAGCCCUUCCUCAUUUGAGAGUUCACCCAGAAGCCAAGACAAUAAAAAUGAGGAAGACAACAAUGUCGGCAGUUCCUCACUUACAGAAAAUGCAAAGGUAGCUGCAAAUGAUGGGAAAGAAGUAUUAGAUGCUCUGGAAAGGAAAAGAGUUGAGGUCACUGCCCAAGGAAAGCUCUCAGAUAGUAGCACAAGCGGUGGGAGCAAAGUCUCUCUUGGUGCCGGAGGAAUCCCCAGUUCACGCACAAACUCCCCAUCAACAGUGGUGGGAACUCUAGGGCGGGAGGGAACCAUGCAAGAAUUGGAGGAGGUUUGGGAGGCAAAUGCUAGCAUCAGCCCUAAGAAAUUCCACUCCAGCACAAGCAACCUUGGUUCAGAAGAUUCACCUGAGCAUGAAAAGUCUGAUGAAAAUGUCAAGGCAAAAGCAAAAGCAGAUGUGCAUAAAGAUGAGACUGAUGGAGUCCCAAAGGAAGGAGAUAUUGUACAACAGCAAUUAGAAGACCAGGGAAAAAAAGAGAUGAUGAAGACUAGCAAUCAACUGGAACCUGAGAAUACAAGUCGAGAUGUCAGUGAUGAUGAUCUUAUCUUGGGAGGAAUUGAAACACGGUUACCAGGUAGGCAUGAGGCCAGCCACACACAGGAUCCAUCAGGAGCUUCACCCCUGAAGAUGGGAAGGAUGCCAACUUCCUCAGAGGUCAGAGCUUCAGAGGGUAAAGGUAAUGUCCAGUCUCUCAAAGAAAAGUUUUCUGUGUCUCUGGAAGAAUCUCUAUCAUCUCCAAGAAGUAGAGCAACUGUUAGAACUCCCAGACAGAUGUCUAAGGAGGAGCAAGUGUCACCAGUAUCAGCCAGUCAAGCUAAUGACAAUGCCUCUCCGUCCAAGAGACCAGAAGCUCCCAUUUCUACUCCAAGGAGAGAGCCUCCAGUCACCAGUACACCUCAGAGCAGGAAGGGUUCCAGGAGCGGCAUAAGACGUUCAAGCGGUCUGGGCAGCAUUCUGUUCAGUGAUGAUGAAUCAAUUGUGCCUGACGCUCUGACCACCCCUCGCUGUGCAGAUGAUGCGGAUGACAUGAUGUCUGUGGCAUCUACAGAAACUGAAGAGAGCACGCAUAUCAAUUCGGGGCUGAAGGACUCUAUUUUGACUCCCUUGUCAUCUCUACCAGAAGCAAAUAACAUCAAUCAGCUGCAGGAUUUGGUGAGAGAGUUGAGAUUAAAAUUAGAGAAAGAGUUUGGUCGACGUGCUGCCCAGGAAACGAAGAUAUCCCACAUGCAGCAGACAGAGAAGCAAUUUAAGAAGCACAUUGAUGAACAGGAAGAAAAGAUGCAGCACCAGCAGCAAGAGAUCUCCAGUCUCAUGGCAAGAAUCAAACAGCAUGAAUAUAGAGGCAAAUGUGAGCAAGAUUCGUCUCGACUUAAAGACCAGUCGCUUGAAGAAGCUCAGCAACAGUGUGUACAGUUGCAAGACCAGUGUGUGCAUUUACGAGCUCAUGCCCAGCAACAAGAGGAACUUGUCGAUUCAUUGAUGGGGCAGUUGGAGACAAAAGAACGUGUGAAUCAAAUCCUUCAGAGCAAAGUGGAGGAACUUUCAUCUCAGACUAAGUUUGUUUCCAUGAAGAGCUGUCAGACAGAGGAAAGUUAUUUUGCAUCACAGUCUACAGCAACUAGUGACAUCCAGCCAGAGGAAAGCAAAAAAGCAGAUGUGGCAAUGCAGACUGUAUGUUCUACACCAGAUGCAGUGGAUGCAGAGAUUCAGACAGAAACUGAGACUCAGGAAGAUUUAUUGACAAAAAGCAUUGCAAGUGUGCCUCUUCAACAAGCCAGGCAGAUAGAAACAUCAUCAUUGUCAACGCAAACAGAAGAAAGUUUGAAGAAUGAAGUAUGCAAUGUUCAAGAUGCAGAAACACAGAGUGAAGAGUGUAAGGACCCACAGGGCAUCAGCACAGGUGUCCAGUGCACAUCAGAAACUGUUGUGAAGUCAUGCCAGACUCAGAUCCUUGUCCAAAGUCAUACUGUGCAGACUGACUUAACAAGUUCAAAUAGCCAUAUUCAGCCAAAGAAGGUAGUUAAAGAUAUUCCAUGCCAGACAUCAGCACUUGGAAGGCAAGCAGCAGUUCAGACAGAUUUCCAGGAAGAUGCAUCUCCUAGGAAGUCACCAGAUGGCCAGCAGGAGAUGAGCCCUAGUAUUAGUGUUCAUGAUAUAACAGCAGCGCUUGAACCGGUACUCUUUAACUUUUCAAACGAUGUUAAAACUCUAAUAACAGACACAUUUGAUGUCAACCAGACCUCUACCCUAGAGAAUAUUAGUCAGUGUCUUAUUAGGGAGAUACAAAAUAUUGGAAGCAGCCUUGAGACAUCUCUCCAGCAAGCAUCUUCACUGCAGUGUGAAGAUACUCAACAGAAAUUUAGCAGUGCUAUGGACCGCAUUGAGGAAUCCUUGCGAUUGCAGCUGGAGACAACUGCGCAACUUCUCCAAAGCAGGGAGAAAAAUAAUUCAGGAGAGAUUCAAGAGGUUCUUGAGAAGGUAAACUCUUCUCUUGUCACAAGGUUUGAAGAGGUGAGGAAUGACCUGAAUAAGAUACAGAGGCAGAGGGGAUCUAGUGAACAAGAUGUUUUGGAGAAGCUGGAUUCAUCUUUCCGAAAUCUUAAGGAGAGUAAUGAUUACAGUCUGAAGAGCUUAUCAGACUCCAUCAAAACAAGCAAAGACUAUAAUAUGCAUGCUAUUGAGACUCUGAAGGAUGAUUUAAUGCCAAAGUUUGCUGAAAUGAAGAGGGCGAUUGUAGCUAACCAGCCUGAAGAUAGUGGCAUAACAGAAUGCCUCAGCAGGGAUAUCACAGAUAAGCUGGGGAAGAUGGAGAGGUCCCUCGUGUCAUCAUUCGAGAAGAGUCUGAGCAAUCAGGAUUUGUCAGGUGUAGAGCAUGAGGUUCACAGAAUGUCAGAAGAAUUGCAAAGAAAGAUCUCGGCUCUACAGCACGGCCUGCAGUCUGUUGAUUCAGGGUCAAGACUGGAUUUGACAGAGGUGGAUGCAGACUUGAAGAGCAUCAGGGAGAGCAACAAGCAGGUCAUGUCCCUCCUUAAAGCCCGGUCUUCUGAAGCAAACACCAACCUGAGCGAAGCACUGGAGGAAAAUUUCCUCAUUCUACAAGAUAACUUACGUCGACUCCAGCAGACUCUGGUGCAGAGAAUUAAUGAAGUCUCUCAGCAUGCUAAUCUGGCAGAGGACCAAAAACUGUCCUGGCUAUCCAAGCAAAUAACAGAGAUGGCCACCCAGGUCGCAGGGAUGCAGACAGGACUCAUGCGCAUGCAAUCAUCCCUCGAAGCAUCCCAGAGUCUGCCUUCUGCCAGUGGAAUCAUUGAUGAAUCUCUUAUAUCAUCCCUGAAAGCCAGUAAUGAGCAAGCAGUGUCAAGUCUGAAGUUCCAGAACCAAAGCAUGAUACAGCUGUUAGAAUCUUUGCAAAAAGAUGUCCAUAGCUUUAUACAUCAGAAACCCAUGAUAAAGGAUGGGCCUCAAGUGCAGCAGUUAAAGGAUUCCUUACACAAUAAAGAACUGGAACUGGAUAGACUCUCUAGCAGUCAAGAAAAACUUCAAGAGAAGGUUCGCUUUCAGAUUGCAAAUCUGGAACGUUUACAGCAGACAGAGCUCCACCACCAGCAGACAAUAGAGUCUCUCACAAGGGAGCUGAAGGAAGCACAGAACACACUCAGAGAAAAGGAUGAAAGAAUUCACGAAGUAGCACUCAAGACAGCCAGCCAGAAUGAUGAUUCCUCCAGGAUCCGUCAGGAGAAUUUCCGCCUCAGCUCAGAGAAUGGCAAGCUCUCAGCAUUAUUGCAGGCAGAGCAACAUCAGAGGCAGUGGUACGAGGGGGAGCUGCACGGCCUGAAGGAAGCUAAGGAUAUUUCUGAGGCCAAAGUCCAAGAGUUGAUCCAGCUCAUACAAAUGCCGCGACAGCAGCCUCCCAUGCUCCGCACUCCUCCAACAGGCAGAGACAAUGAUGAUGACAGUCUUGCAGAUAAGAAGAAAGAAAUAAAGAAACUGGAAGAGGAAAAGUUGGAUGCAGAAAACCGGUAUAAGGAAGAAUGCAACAGAGCUCAACGUUUGGAACUGCGGCUGAGAGAAACUGAGGCAGAGCUGGGAUUGGAAAGAAAUUCCAAAGGGGAACUUGAGAAGCAGCUGAGGAAGACCAAGGACAGUCUCACACACCUCCAGCAAGGUAUCCAUGAAGCCACACAAAAUCAAGAAUCUCUGCAGGAUCUGACCGACCAAAAGAAAGAGCUAGAGGCUGAGAUCAGAAAUAGCAAUGACACCAUAGAAACACUCCGGAAGAAAAUAGAGAGCAUAAACCAAGAGAAGCUGCAGCUGAAACAGGAAGUCAUGGUGCUGAAAGGAGAGAAGCUGUCCUUUGACCUGAUCAGGCAGGAGAAGGAGCUAGCUGAGCAGAUGCAAAAGAGAGCAGAAGAGCAGUUGAUGGAGUUGCAGAGGAAGAUCCCCAGAGAAUAUGUGCCAAAAGCAACACUUCUCCACCUUCAGGCUGAGAUUGAGAGCAAAUGUCAGCUUGAGUUGAGCAACAAACUUGCUGAAUUAAACCAGCUCAUUGACCAACAGAGUCAGCAACGGCAGUCCCAAGCCAAACUCAAAGAAACUCAAGAGCAGGGACUAAGGAACGAAAUCUCGAGGUUAUCUGAGGAAAUAAUACGGCUGCGGGCAAAACUAAGUGUAUAUAGUGAGGAGGAAGAUACAUGGAAAACACGGCACAACAGGCUCAUGGAUCUCUACCAACAUGAAGUGCAGACCAAACAUAACCACAUACACAAAAACUCACAGACAAACAAACCCAAAGAAGAAUCCGUUUCCAUCAACCUCCGUGAGAUCAAUGCUCACCUGCAGACGCCCUUUGCCUCAUCAACAUUUCUGGGGCAGCUAACACCACCCUCGUCUAUGCACCUUCCAAAGGCUCCUAGCAAUAUUGACAGUUACCAUUAUACUCACUCGGACACACUGGACCGAACCCUCAACAAGUACCUAAGUUCAGUUGAUGAAAGGCCAAGGUCCAUGAGAACAGACGACAAACCCCAAGCCACACUUUGGCGGAAGGAGCAGCUGCCAACCCUAGACAGGUCCUGUGAAGAUUACGUUGACCUUCUACGAAAGAAGUACGGACUGUGAUGGAACGUGUGCAAUUAUACACUAUUAAUAAUCGAUGGAAAGGGAUGAUCAGGGUGAUUUGUAUCGCAGCAAUUUCUGUGGUUUUACAAGUCAUCUGAAUGCAUUUUUUGGUGUGUCCUACCAUGCAUUUGUAAAAUGGGUGAUUACUGAUAGAUGUGCUUUAUUUUUUAAUAAUUGAAUUCCUGAUUAACUGUACUAUGAAUAGUCCUCUACCUCUUGGUGUAAUUAGAAACCGUCCAUACUAAUGAUGCUGUCCUUUAUGUGCCUGAAUCAUUAUUUUUAUUAGAACUUUUUAAUAUAUGAAGUUAAUGUUAUGAAAUGUGGAUAUCCUAAAUAAUCAGAGAAGAGUAAGUGAUUCCCUUUUUUCUAAUUAGUGACACUUAUUUUUGAAUGACAGAGAAGUAAAUUAUCAACAGUAUGUAUUAACCCCUUGAAUAGGCUUAAAGGAAGUGCAACGGCCACAAAUGAGCACAAUUAUUGACCUGUUCAUGUUUCAAAAAAUGUUUUGCAUUAUAAAAAUAGUUGGUAAUGAUUAUAGAAAAUGUAUGCAUUUUAUCAUUUACUUUGAGGGGUUAAGUACACUCCAUAUAUGGCAAGAUUGGGCUCAUCCACUACUUUUGUCAUGGGAAUUUCAAAAUGUGAAUUCUAAAAUUGUCAAAUAUUCAAUAAUGCAUUGCAGAGUGCCAUAAACUUUUGAUAGAGGACAAAACUUUGCUUUAUUAAAAUUGUCUUUUGAAAGACCUAGACUAUUUAUGUACAAACUUUUUCAUAACAAGCAGCUUGUAAAGGUGUUAAUGUUCCCAAAUUGUAAGAUUAACAUUUUGUGUCUUUACCUGAUUUUGAAUCCAACUCUGAUAGAUCUGAUGUGCCUUGAGAUUUAGUUCCUUGUGUAUCUUAGUAAAGUUGUCUUGUUUUCAUUUUAUAAUGAAGUUGCAAAUCAUCUGAUGAGUAUAUGUUUUAUAUAUAUAUAUAAAAUGUUUGAUAUAUCACAUCGGUUAUAUAAGUAAGUUGCCUGUACUUUGGUUUCUUAGAAAAUUACAAAUAUUUUGUGAAUGAAUAUGAGUUAUGAUACUUCAGUUAUGUCAGAAAUUAAUGAAAAUGAUGAAGGUCCUAAUAUCCUUAAGAAUGGUAAAUACAUUUUCAUUUUUGGACAUUAUAUAAGAUUGUCGCAAUACUUGUAUACUCUACGUAUGUACCCUCACUAUAUGUAUUCACUAAUAUUAUAACCUUAUUUGAUGUAUUCACUUAUAGUACUUUAACCUCAUGGUAUGAAUUCAGUAAUACCUUUUUAAAGGUAUCCCAUAAAACUGUAACCUUAUUGUAUAUAUUAAGUAAUGCUGUACCAUAUAUGUAUUAAAUAUUAUUGUAACCUCAUUAUAUGUAUUCAGUAAUGAUAUAACCAUAAAUGUAUUGAAUAACAUUAUAUAAUCUCAUUAUAUAUAUUAAAUAACUUUGUGAUAAUUAAUAUUGGUGCUUUUAUGCUGUUGUGAUACUUGAGCGAGUGAAGAUUUGACAACCACAUUAGUUAAGUGAAACCAGUAGAGUUUUGUAAAUUCAUGGAAGUUUUCAGCAGUCAUAAUGUGAAAUAGUUGUUUUAAGCACACAGAAGUGACGAAAAGAUGUGUGUUGAUAUUCUGGUUGUUUAUUAAUGAGUGAUAUGUAGGUAUUUACCAGCAAAAAUCUGACUUUUAUAUUUUAUCUAGAAAUCAGAUAGUUUAUUGAGGUAUUUAACAGGUCAGUGCACAAUUAGAAGUAAAUGUAUUAUCUUCAGUGGUUAUUUUAUACUUUGAUAUAAGCCAUUGUAUUUAAACCUUAUUUCUCUGAUACUGUAAGAUUUUUAGCACAUUAUUUCUGUAUGGAUCUUGAUGUUUUCAGUUUGUUUUAAUAUUGCAAUUAAUAUAUUUGUAUAUGUUCAAGCAAAGUAUCCUGCAUUUUUGGAAUUAUUUUCAUGGCAGACUAGUCAAAUAGUUAUACAGUAUACAAUUGUGAUUGAUUUAUACUCUGAAUACUUUUUUGUCAAACAUAUUUUUAGAUUGUAGAGUCUCAGUUCAGGAGUAUGGAGAUAAAAGCCAAAUAUAUUUAACAAUGGAAGAAGUGCCUCCAAUUUUGAUAUAAGUAAAACAGUUUACUGGA